AUGGAAGAAGCCAAGUCUUAUACUUCCUCAACAGAGCAACUGCCUUACCAGCCUCCACAUCUGAGAGCUCGUGGCAUCCCUGACGUGCCAGAGGACAUCGACUUCACCGUCGAGCACUUGAACGAUCCCAACUUGGACAUCAAAGCCCUCCGCCCGUCAACUAAAGCUUGGGAGCUUGAAAACAAGAAGCUUCCCCCAGUCUAUGUUUCCUCGGAUGGAGACACAGACUCCCGCUUCGACAGGUACUCGACGUCCCGCGCCGAAUCCCGGAAUUCUAGCGCAGUGGAAGACUUCGACGACGAAUCACCUUACCCAGAAGUUCGAGCCGCAGUGUCCAGCAUUGAUGAUCCAAGUAUGCCAGUGAAUACGUUCAGAAUGUGGACCAUUGGUCUAUUCUUCACGAUAUUUCUCCCUGGACUAAAUCAAGUCUUGGGCAUGCGAUACCCUUCACUGUACGUUACCGGCCUCGUCAUUCAGUUGCUCUCACUCCCCAUGGGCAAAGGCAUGGAGAGGAUACUGCCUACCACCAAGUUCAACACAUUCGGAUUUAUUUGGUCGUUGAACCCCGGACCCUUCAACAUCAAGGAGCAUGUAUGCAUCACGGUUAUGGCCAACAUUGCGUACCCUGGUGGUUACGCGACCGACAUCCUAGUCGCUCAGCGACUCUUCUAUGACCAACAGCUAUCAUUCGCGUACCAAAUACUCCUCGUACUUGGUAUCCAAGUGUUCGGCUUUUCCCUUGCCGGCAUUCUGCGUCGGUAUGUUGUGUGGCCGUCGAGUAUGAUUUGGCCCGGUGCCAUCGUCAACUCGGCGCUUUUCAACACGCUUCACAAGAGCUAUGGCAAGCGAGAGCGGGGCCAUAUGACACGUGAAAGAUUUUUCUUCCUCGUCGUCUUUGGCAGUAUGAUCUAUUACUUUUUGCCUGGCUAUUUGUUCACCGCUUUGAGCGCGUUCAACUGGGUCUGCUGGAUUGCUCCCAACAAUGUUACCGUGAACGCACUCUUUGGCUCGUCCGGCCUUGGGAUGAGUCUUGUAACUUUCGACUGGUCGAUGAUCUCCUAUGUCAGCAGUCCUCUGGUCACUCCAUGGUGGUCGGAGGCAAAUGUCAUCGUUUCAUUCGUGUUCUGGUUCUGGAUUAUUGCUCCCAUCAUCUACUUCACAAAUACCUUCAAUUCUGCUUUCUUGCCCAUCUCGUCCUACUACUCCUUCGAUAAUACCGGUGCGAGCUAUAACGCCAGUCAGGUUGUGACGGACGGUGUGUUCGACGUCGACAAGUACAGGGCGUACUCACCGGUCUUCGUGCCCGCCACGCUCUCCCUCGCAUAUGGUAUCAGCUUCGCUAUCUUCCCGGCAGUCAUUGUUCAUACUUUACUGUGGUUCCGCCGCGAUCUUGUGCGCCGCUUCCGCACGUCUCUGAGGGAUGAGCGCGAUGUCCAUUCGCGUCUGAUGCAGGCCUAUCGUGAAGUUCCGAGCUGGUGGUAUGGUCUAGUCGGAAUCAUUUCCUUCCUGCUUGUUGUCAUCGCCAUCGAGAUCUUCCCGACCCAGCUACCGGUUUGGGCCGCAUUCAUUGCCUUUGGCCUAUCUGCCAUCACUGCGCUCCCCUUGGCUAUGCUCCAAGCAAUUUCCAACACGCAGAUCGCCUUCUCCGUCAUGUAUGAACUCAUCGGCGGAUUCAUGCUCCCUGGUAAACCCGUCGCCAACGUCAUCUUCAAAGCUAUGGGUAUUAUGGGCUCCACUCAAGCUGCUACUUUUUCGGGUGACCUGAAGUUGGGUCACUACAUGAAGAUUCCUCCACGCACCAUGUUCACGGUCCAAAUGGUGGCGGUAUUCAUUACAUGUUUCGUGGCUGUCGGAACACAGGCUUGGAUGUUCGCGAACAUUGAAGACAUGUGUUUAUCAACUCAGAAGGAUGGCUUCACCUGUCCUACGACAAACAUUUUCGCUACUGCUUCAUUAAUCUGGGGUGGUAUUGGUCCCGCUCGCAUGUUUGGCAAAGGUGCCACUUACAAUCCCUUGCUCUGGUUCUUCCUUAUCGGUGCAAUCCUCCCAAUUCCAUUCUAUAUCCUCGCCCGCCGCUACCCUCACUCACAUUGGCGAUUCGCUAAUAUUCCCGUCUUCCUUGCCGGCGUUCUAGCCAUUCCCCCAGCGUCGGGAAUGAACUAUGCAUCUUGGGCGCUUGUCGGAUUCAUCUUUAACUGGUAUAUUCGCCGUUUCCACUUCCGAUGGUGGAUGCGAUACAACUACAUUCUCUCCGCCGCUCUGGACGCUGGAACUGCGUUCGCCAUCAUUCUUAUCUUCCUUUGCCUACAACUCCCAAAGGGUGGUAUUACAUUGAAUUGGUGGGGAAACACCGUCUGGCAAAAGACCGCUGACGCCUUGGGCCUGCCUCUCAAGACACUAAAUCCUGGUGAAAUAUUUGGACCGUCGACCUGGUCAUAA